AUGUUUGAAAACAGCAGCAAGAUGAGAAAAAGUUUUAUUCAAUUCGAAAUUAAUUGUUGUGCAUCGCGAAGAGAACAAUAUAAAACAAUUUUCACCAAAGGCACACAAGAAGUGGAAAUAAUGCUGAAGAAUAACGGCUCAAUAUGCAACCAUCAAGUCCAUCAGACGCAUAAAAACAACAGUUCACAAUGUGAGAAAGCAAUGGAUGGAAAUUAA